GGCAGAGGGAGCGAAGGCAGCGAGAGGGAGGAAGGCGGCUCCUGCCGCACAUGCAUCCCCAGCCGCGCACCCCGCGCCCCGCCUCGCGCCCUGCCCGCCCGGUGCCCGCAGCUCCCGCCGCGCCGGCUGCGUCCCCGCCGGGAGCCGAGCCCGCACCGCGGGGCUGCCGGGGCCAUCGCUCCCUGCGGGGCUGCCGGGGGAUCGCUCGGAGCCGGGGGAACCGGGGCGAUCGCUCCGAGCGGGGCUGCCGGGGGAUCGCUCGGUGCCCGCGCGGGGGGGGGCGCGCCGCGGCCACCGCCCCAGGCUCCUGAGGAUGCUGCCGGCUGCCCUGCGCCUCCCUGCGUGAGCCAGCAGACGAUGAAAAUGACUGGCAUCAGCUGGGCAAAGGAUCUUUCACCGGGUGCUGGAAUGGCAUCCCCCUGAAGAUGGGAGUUACAAAUGGGCUUGUGAACUGCAUGUGCAGCACAGACACCUGCGCUCCCAGACCCCUCCUGCAGUAGUUUGGGGCAGACAUUGGCCACAGCAGCUUAUCCUGGUAACUUCUCUGUGAAACUGUAUGUGGAAAAGCUUCUGUUUGCUGCCUGUGAAUGACUGCUGCAGGUGCCUGUGCCCCGCGCGCUGCUGUGGAGCUCCUUGCCUGCUGGGAGGGUGGGCAACAGGCCGUGUGUGACCCCGCACCCCAGUGAGAUCAGUGGCAGCCAAGCACGGAGCCAGGUAGCUCUGUCCAGGGGACAAAUGCCAGCUGCCAGACUCUUCUCCGGAGACCCAGGAGCAGCCUGCGAGGCACCAGCACUGACUGCUCCUGUGCUAGCACUGGGCAGUCUGGGACACCUGUUGCCACCGGUGUGACUUCAGCCUGCUUGGACAGGAAUGCUCCAGCUGUAGGACACGGAAUGCAGCAGGAAUGGAGGUGCUCUGCUUCCACCGGUGAGCCUCACGCUGCUGGUGUGGACUUUCCUCCUCUUUUUCCCUAAAGGAUGCUAGUUGCCAGUCCAAAAGCUACUGCUCAUGCAGCCUGCUAGAGUGCAAUGGCGAAGGGUCUGCAGGGCUUCUCGUGGACCAUGCUGCUGCUCUUCUGCGCCAUCCAGGAGCUGGGGGCCUGGGCCAUACACACGGCGGUGGAAGGCCCUGGCCUAGGGCAGCCGGGGGACCCUACACUGCUGGCCAGCGGGCGAGUGAAGCGUGGCUGGGUCUGGAAUCAAUUCUUCGUGGUGGAGGAGUACACGGGCACUGAGCCACUGUACGUGGGGAAGAUCCACUCCGACUCGGAUGAGGGGGACGGCUCCAUCAAGUACACUAUCUCCGGGGAGGGAGCAGGGACUAUCUUCCUCAUCGAUGAGAUCACAGGUGACAUCCAUGCCACCGAGCGCCUGGACCGGGAGCAGAAAACCUUCUACACCCUACGGGCUCAGGCCCGUGACCGGCAGACGGACCAGCUGCUGGAGCCAGAGUCAGAGUUCAUCAUCAAGGUGCAGGACAUCAACGACAGCGAGCCACGCUUCCUGGAGGGGCCCUACAUUGGCAGCGUGGCUGAGCUGUCCCCCAUCGGCACCUCUGUGAUGCAGGUGAUGGCAUCUGAUGCAGAUGACCCCACAUAUGGGAGCAGUGCCCGGGUGGUCUAUAGCGUGCUGGACGGCGAGCAGCACUUCACUGUGGACAGUAAAACAGGUGUGAUCCGGACAGCCGUGGCUGACCUGGAUCGUGAGACGCAGGACCGGUAUGAGGUGGUGAUCCGUGCAACGGACAUGGCGGGACAGCUGGGUGGCCUGUCUGGAUCCACCACAGUCACCAUUGUGGUCACUGAUGUCAAUGACAACCCUCCACGCUUCCCGCAGAAGAUGUAUCAGUUCAGCAUUGUUGAAACUGCCCCUGUGGGCACUGCCAUCGGGAGGGUGAAGGCAGAGGACUCUGACGUCGGGGAGAACACGGACAUGACAUAUCAGGUGAAGGAUGAAGAAGGGGUGGAGAUGUUCAAAGUCACCACGGACAGCAAUACCCAAGAGGCUGUCAUCACGGUACAGAAGCCUCUGGACUACGAGUCAAAAAAAGUGCAUACUGUCGUGGUGGAGGCCCUCAACAAGUUCGUGGACCCGCGGUUUGUGGACCUGGGCACCUUCCGGGACCAGACCAUCGUACGGGUCUCAGUGUUGGACGUCGAUGAGCCCCCCGAGUUCCGGCCCCCCUCCAACCUGAUGGAGGUCCAGGAGGAUGCGCACAUUGGGUCUGUUGUAGGGGUGGUCACCGCCCUUGACCCAGACACAGCAAACCAUCCUGUCCGGUACGCCAUCGACCGCAGCACGGACACAGACUGGAUCUUUGACAUCGAUGCCAACACAGGGGCCAUCGUGACAGGAAAAGUCCUGGACCGGGAGACAGCAGGGUGGCACAACAUCACUGUCCUGGCGAUGGAAGCAGAUAAUCACUCACAGGUGUCAAGAGCCUCUCUCCGUAUCCGUAUCCUGGAUGUGAAUGAUAAUCCACCAGAGCUCGCCACUCCCUAUGAAGCUGCUGUGUGCGAGGAUGCCAAGCCAGGCCAGCUGAUCCAGACGAUAAGCGUUGUGGACCGUGAUGAGCCUCAGAGCGGCCAUCGCUUCUACUUUGCAUUAGCACCUGAAGCCAGCAACAACCACCAUUUUUCUCUGCUGGAUAUUAAGGACAACACAGCUGCGGUGCACACGCAAAGAAUGGGCUUCAAUCGCCAGGAGCAGGAUGUGUAUUUGCUCCCCAUUUUGGUGGUGGACAGCGGCCCCCCAGCCCUCAGCAGCACAGGAACUCUGACUAUCCGUAUCUGUGGCUGUGACAGCAAUGGGGCCAUCCAGUCUUGCAACAGCACAGCCUACGUUGUAUCUGCUACGCUGAGCCCUGGUGCCCUCAUCGCGCUGCUGGUGUGUGUCCUUAUUCUGGUCGUGCUCGUCCUUCUGAUCCUUACACUGAAGCGACACCAUAAAAGCCACCUGACGUCUGAGGAUGACGAAGACAUGAGGGACAAUGUCAUCAAAUACAACGAUGAAGGUGGGGGUGAGCAGGACACUGAGGCCUAUGACAUGUCAGCCCUGCGCAGCCUCUACGACUUCAGUGAGAUUAAAGGUGGUGAUGGAAGUGGGGGACCUGGAGAGGGAGGCCUGAGUGGAAACCUGGCCUCUGAGCUCCAUGCCCUUCCGCAGUGGGUGCAGAGCCCGGACCUGGACUUCUCCGUGUUCAGAGACUAUAUCUGCAAGAAGGUGGAGCAGGCAGACGAGGACCUCUCUGUGCCACCCUACGACUCCUUCCAGACCUACGCCUUUGAGGGCUCGGACUCCCCUGUGCCCUCUCUGAGCUCCCUCAACACCUGGUCCAGCGGCUCGGAGCAGGACUUCUCCUACCUGGGGGGCUGGGGGCCACGCUUCCGGCAGCUGGCAGCACUCUAUGCUGGGCGCAGGGGCGAGGAGGACAGCGAGGAGUCCUAGCCAUCCUGCCAACUCCUGGUGAGGCUCCCGACACCUCCUGGACUGAGGCUCUGUGCUGGGUUCUGUGGGUGCCGGAGAGGGGCUGUGCUGAGGGGCCGAGAACGCUGGGCAAGUGCUCCUCUACAGCAUCUCCUCUUUGGGGCCUCUACACCCAGACGGAGGCUGGAGCGCCCAUAGAAGCUGCUGCGGCUGGCAUAAUCUCCUUCAUACCCAUCUCCAUUAAAGCACUACACAUUAAUUUAAGAAAGUGUAAUUCAAGAGAGUUUGGAAGGGUUUUUUCCCCCCACAAAUUAUCAUUUAAAUAGAUCUGCUCAGUGAGCCCCGUUCAGGAGAGGAAGAGCAAACCGGGAGCCUUUUGUUGUCUAAAUUGUUUUUGUCACUCCAGUCAGAAGAUUUGAAGAGCUUUGAUUUCUUUUAGAGCUUUGCUUGCAGAGGGAAACAAGCUUUUAACUUCUGUUCAGCUUUUUCCCCCUUGCUUGCUUUAUGGAGUCCUCUCUUCUCCCCGGCUCCUGGCAGCACCUGGCUGCUGGUGCGUUGGAGGGACCGUACCGCACUGCCUGCAGGCUCAGGGGUCACGUCCUGCACGGAGCGGCCGCUGCACUAGAGCUCACUUCAAAACACACUUUUCCUCUAAAGCUGCAAUUGCUUUGCCUCUCAGUUCUUAGACCUUUCCUGUGGUUAUCAAAGAUGCUUGUGAUUUGAGGGGGCUCUCCCUCCCUGCGCAGCAGAUGUGGUGUCCAAGCUCCUGCUGUGCCCCAUGGCCCUGGUGAUGGAUAGGGACGUCCCACGCACUGCCAAGACACAGAGCAGCCGUGUUGCUGGGGUCACUGUUGGAGGGGUGCGGAGCAGUGGUCCCCGGGUUGGCUCUGGCAGCCCCUCGAGGUGGGCCAGGCUCUUAGCCAAGUGCUGGCUUCUUACCAAGUGGCAUGGGCUGCGCAGGGCAGCAGGUGGCACGUUGGCACACCUGGGCUUCUAUGGUGGGGGGAGCUGUGUCCCCGCUAGAGGACCAUGCUAGAGGGCAUGACAGAACCCUGAGUCUCUGAUAUGAAGGGAUAAAUCCUGCCUACAGCCAGCUGACAGCAAAGCAUCACCAUCGGCAGUAGAAUAGCCAUCUCCAGGGCAUGUGUGUGAGGCCAGAUCCUGCUGGCACUGGUGCGUGGCCAAGCUGGUUGCUGCAGGCUGGGCAGUGGGUCUGACACCUUGGGAUACCCUGCGUGUCCUUGGCAUGGUGCCCUGCACAAAACCUGCACAAGCUCCCUCAGCAGGGCUGUUGUCUUUGCACAAAAUCCACGGUUUUAAGCGGAAGAUCUGUAGGGAGCCAGUGGGAUGUGGCAUUGCUCCUCGGGCUGCAGGUGAUGCUGAUGGAAAGUGCUCAGUGCCCUGCACCUUUCCAACCCUGCUGAAUUCCCCCCAAGGUAAAUUGAGCAGCACUUUGAGCAACGCCCUCCAGCAGUUCCUCAGUCCAAGCUGGGUCAUGCAGUUCCUUAUCUGUUCAUGUUGGGAAAAAAAAAAGUCAAUUGUAUCAUUGAUAGGUAACUGAUAAGGUCUCACAAAGUCUUUCACAUCCUGGGCUUCUCAUUGGGUUUGUCCUUUUAGUUUAGCCACAGAGAGUGUUUUCUAUCCUUGGAGAAGGUUUUAAUGUAAAUGUACAUGCGUGCUCAUUUUUUACUGUUCUGCUUCCCAGCUGCUGAUGUUGGUCCUUUGGCUGCAGACAAGACCUGACAGUGGAGAUGGGCAGGACACGUCUUUGCCAUGGUUCCUGCCCUUGGCUGCUCCUGCCCUCAGCUGCCACGGUUGCCCACAUGGGAGCCAUAGCUUGGCUUUCACACUGGGACUGGGAGCUGUUCACGUCUCAGGGUCACUCUGGUCCCCGCUCCCAGAGGUGGCAGGUGCCCCACUGCCAGCACUUAUGCCCCAGCGUGCUGCUGGUUCACUGUGACAAUUCUGGGGAGGCAGUGGGACCCAUGGGCUGCUUUGCGCUGGCCCUUGAGUGCUGGGUCUGGCCACGCCACCUCAGGCAGGUGAUGCCCCGAAACCCGGAGCGGGAGAAUGGAGAAACCCCUCUUUUUCCUCAGGAACGUGUUUGUGUUUUCCCUCCGGGUUGAAGAGCUGUGCCCACGCCCCUGCAGAGCUGGCCCUUCCUCUAGCAAAAGUCUUGUGCACUAGCAGGGCUCUAUCCGUAGGAGAUGGGGUCUGACAGGAUACGUGUUUAGCAACCUUCCCACUGGGUUUGUUUCCAUCCCUGACCAGCCAAUCCUCCCCAACACGCAUGUACGCAUGCUUGCGUUUUAAUUUCUAUCCCACGUGUAAAUACGGGAGGAGUGCGGUGCCGAGCGAGCCGGCCACUCCGCACAGCACUGCCCUGCACUCCCUGCCCACCCGCACUCGGCAGGAGGAGCUGGCAGCUGCCACAGUGUCAGACGGAGUCACUUUGGUUUCCUUUCUCUACCCAAAUGAAAUUAGGAGGUUGAUGUCCUCACCCUUGUUAUUUUUUCAA